UCUUCUCUUAAUUUCUUCACAUGGUAUCAGUGGUUUCAUUUACAACAACUCAAAAUACAAGAUCUUAUUCAGAAAAAAAAAAAAGAAAGCAUAAUGUUUUUGUGUGUUGCAGAUUAUGGUAUUUGAUUUGUUAAUGGAAACAAGACCUCCAUUCUUGAGGUAACAAACUACUGAUAAUAACAACAUACAACACACAACAACAACAACAAGAAAGAAGACAUGCACAACCCCCUCAUUCUCAGUGUAUAAUAUAUAUACACAUGAAUGCCUGCCAACUCCACCACCACCCACGUAAACUCAUCUUUCAUGGCCGCCGCCGCCACCGUCGACCACCACCACCACCACGGCCUAAGCCCCACCGUCUUGCGCCGUCGCCGUCUCCGCUCGUUCCCUCAUCCCGACUCCAUCCUUCUCGAUCUCGACUCUCCAUCCUCGUCCUCUUCGAUCAUCCACCGGAGUUUCUCCACCCCUUGCUUCCCCUCCUCCUCCUCCUCCUCCACCACCACCACCAAUGCCAAUGACUUAUCAAACACCAACCACAUUGUCCAUAUGGAGAUCAUCGGAGGUCGCAAUGCCGCAGGCGUGCACCCUCUCGUCGUGGAAGCCGCCAUUGCCUUAGCUUCCGGCACCCAACCUAUUCCAGUCUCAUCAAACAACCACCUCACUGGAGCUUACCUUCUUCGCAACCGCACUGCCGAGCCUUUCGCUGUCGUCAAGCCCAUCGAUGAAGAACCUCUCCCCCGGUGGCUCCGUUCAGUUCACGCCAGUGAGAUUGGAGCUCGAGAAGCUGCUGCUUAUCUGCUUGAUCAUAAUCAUUUCUCCGGCGUGCCACCAACUGCACUUAUUAAGUUCUCUCACCCAUUGCUUGCUGGAGCUCCGGCGAGGAGAGUUGCUUCAAUCCAACGGUUUGUACCACAUGAUUUUGAGGCCAGUGAUCUUGGGCCGUCAAGAUUCUCUAUAACCUCAGUGCAUCGGAUUGGCAUUCUUGAUGUCCGGCUUCUUAACGUUGACAGGCAUGCCGGAAACAUUCUGGUGAAGAGAAACUCCGGUGAUGAGAAUGAUACUUCCGCUGAACUGGUCCCUAUUGAUCAUGGCCUUUGUUUGCCGGAGAUACUCGAUGACCCGUACUUCGAGUGGCUGCAUUGGCCUCAGGCUGCCGUGCCGUUCUCGGAGGCAGAGGCGGAGUACAUAGCUUCACUGCAUCCAUUUAAAGACGCUGAUAUCUUGAGGUCGGAGCUGCCAAUGAUCAAAGAGUCAUCUGUUAGAAUUCUUGUUUUGUGCACUGUGUUCUUGAAAGGUGCGGCCGCGGCUGGGCUUUGCUUGGCGGACAUUGGUGGGAUGAUGACCAGAGAGUUUCAUGGCCUCCGGGAAGGACCGAGUGCGCUGGAGGCACUGUGCAAGAAGGUGGAGGAGAUGGUUAAUGUUGUUAGCUCAAUAGAUGGGGAUGAACAUGAGGAUGAGAAAACAGUAGAGUUUCAGUUUGAGAUGGAAGAUGAGAAUGAAGGUUUUGCUAAGAGUUGUAUUGAGAAUGUGCUUGACAUCCCUCUUCUUCUCCAACACAAACCGGUGUUAAAUGAUGAUGAUGAUGAUGACGACCACCAUGACAAUGAUGAUGACGAGAAUAAGAUGAAGGUGAUGACAAAGAGUAUGAGCUUCUCUGCAGCAGAGUUCAACCAGAUGAAAUGCAUUUCAUUUGGGGAGCUGAGUAAGGAGGAUUGGAGGUUGUUUUUGGACAAGUUUGAGCAGAUGUUGCCUGAGGCUUUUGAGGAUAGGACGAAGAAUACAGGGUUGAAACAGAGGUUGGGAACUUCAUGCAAGUUUUGAUACAUAUAUAUUUAUGAUGAUGAU